AAUAUUCUUCUGCGGCUGCACGCCAUUUUGUAACUUUGAGCAUGUUGAUUCUCCUACAAAAAUGCUUUUCUUAUCACGAAUAAGUUGCAAUGGCGGUGUAAUUUAAUUAUUAUUCUAGUGAAGGGAAGAAAAAGACCAAAAUGGAUAUGUCGGAAGUUAAAUCGUUCAACGCGGAGUUAUCCGGGUUGUACGACAACAAACCGCCUAUAUCUAAGGCAAAAAUGAGUGCAAUCACAAGAGGUGCUAUAAAAGCCAUCAAGUUCUAUAAACAUGUAGUGCACAGUGUUGAAAAGUUUAUACAAAAGUGCAAGCCAGAGUAUAAAGUACCUGGUCUUUACGUGAUAGACUCUAUUGUGCGACAGUCGCGGCACCAGUUCGGUCAAGAUAAGGAUGUGUUUGCGCCUAGAUUUGCGAAGAACAUGCAACAAACAUUCGCAAACCUCUUCAGAUGUCCUCCGGAAGAUAAGCGCAACAUAAUAAGGGUAUUGAAUCUGUGGCAAAAGAACAAUGUAUUCAGCCCACAAGUUAUACAACCUCUUCUUGACAUGGCUGAUCCCAAUCAUCCUUUACAUCAGGAGAUACAGCAGCAACAAAACAAUACUGCUAAUGGGAGCAGCCUGAACUUGAGUCACAAUGCUUCAGAUAGCAAAUCAUCACCAGUACAACAACUGCACACUCCACAUACUUCAUCACCAAUGGGUGAUCAGUUCCAGGAUCAACCAUCAGGUCAACCAGCUAAGUUCAACAGGAAGCUGCUGAAUGACUUUGAGUAUGAGAGUGAGGACGAUGCACCGCCUGAGCCGUCCGGUGGUCACAGCGGACACAGUGGCCACAGCGGACACAGCGGACACAGUGGACACAGUGGACACAACACACAAAAUGCUGCUGAGGCCCUGGGAAGGAUAUUGACAAAUCCAGAAAUUAUGAGACAACUGCAAAGUUUGCAGGCAGAAAUGCAAAUUAUGACUGGAAUGCAAAUACCUAAUUUGAUGCCAGUGAUGUCUGAUCUACAAAUGCAACAAAAUCAAAAUCAAAGCCUUCCAUUUAUGAAUUCCCAGCAAGAUUCUCAGAAACAAAAUGACACAAAAGAUGACAUGGUUGAGUCUGACAUAGAGUUUGUUGAGACUGGCCCACAAGUUAUAGAAAUUCCUGAUGCUAAUGAUUCUAGUCCAUCGCCGAAAUCACGGAGACAUCGAUCGAGGUCAAAGUCACCGCGACGACGGCGGAGGUCGUCGAGGUCACGGUCAAGGUCGCCGCGGAGAAAGCGGGAUCGUGACAGAGAUAGAGAUAGAGAAAGGGAUAAGGAAAGAGAUAAAGAAAAGAAUCACAAAGAGCGUGAAGCUGAGAGAGAAAAGCAGAGGGAGAGGGAAAAGAAAGGAUUACCACCAAUAAAGAAGGAAAAUCUAAGUGUGUGCAGCACGACGCUGUGGGUGGGGCACCUGUCCAAGCUGGCCACGCCCGAGGAGCUGUGGGACCUGUUCGGCGCGCUGGGCGGCGUGGCCAGCAUCGACGUGGUGGCGCCGCGCGGCUGCGCCUUCGUCGUCAUGGAGCGCAGGCGCGACGCCGCGCGCGCGCUGGCGCGCCUGCACCGACACAAGCUGCACUGCAAGGAGAUCACCGUGGCCUGGGCGCCGCCCAAGGGCGUCAAGGGCCGCGACUGGAAGGACUACUGGGAGGCCGAAGCGGGCGUGGCCUACCUGCCCUGGCCCGCGCUGCACAAGCGCUGGGCGCUGGGCGCGCUGUCGCUGGACGCGCUGGAGGACGGCGGCGCCGUGGACGAGGACACGCUGCCGCCCUGGCUGCCGCCGCGGAUCCUGCCCAAGUCGAUGAUGGACAACAUGUCGAUGCUGGGCAUGGCGGGCGGCGGGGCGGGCCUGCUGCCAGGCCUGGGCGUCCCUCUGGCCCCGGCCAGCUUGCCGGCCAGCUUGCCGCCCGCGCCCGCGCCCAGCCUCAACAUGCCAGUACCGAGAAUGCCGCCGCCCGGCAUGACUGCGGGCUUGCCUGCAGGGCUGGCCGGCCUGCCGCCCACGCUGCGGCCGCCCAGUCUCCCUAACAUGUCCAGCGCACCCGGUUUGCCAGGUUUGCAAAACGACACAGGUCUUCCACCUUCGGGCCCGCUGUUGAGGUUCCCGCCUGGAAUGCCGCCGCAAUCCAUUCCACAGCCAGGCAUGGUAGGCGGUGUGGCUGGGUUCCUGGGCGGGCUGCUGGGCGUGGGCGUGGGCGUGGGCGGGCUGGUGGGCGGCGUCCCGCUGCUGCACCACGCGCCGCUGCUGCCCGCCAGGGACACGCCGCCGCCCGCGCGCCCGCAGCAUAGGAACAGCGACGUGAACCACAGCGACGACGCCAUGGACCUGGACACGGAGGACGCGCACGGCGACGAGACCGCGCCGGACAACAGCGACAACAGCGGCCCGCCGCCCGCGCUACUGCCCGACCAGAUCCAACAACUACUAAAGAAGCCUCCACCAAACUUCAAUUCUUCGGAACCGCCUCCGGGCUUCAAUAUAUCAGAACCGCCACCUUUCAAUGUGAACCAGCCGCCGCCGGACGAGAAGCAGGAAGACGAGAGGAAAGACAGGGACAGAGAGAGGCGGGGAGAGCGGGACAGGGAUAGAGACCGGCGCGACAGGGACAGGCGGGACCGCGGAGAGAACAGGCCCGACAACAGGGAGAGGAGGGACCGGGACCGCGGGCGGGAUAGAGAUCGCGAACGUGACGAUCGUCGUGAUCGCGACAGGGACCGCGGUCGCGACAGGAGGGACCGAGACCGGGAUCGAGACAGAGAAAGGGGAGAACGGUUUGGAUCAAGAGAUAAUAAUAGAGAGCGCCCCGGCAGCCGCGAGAAGUCUCCCCGCGCGGCGGCGGGCCCCGAGCCGGGCGAGAAGACGCUGCAGGAGCGGCUGUGGGAGAUGGCCAACGGGAAGCCGCGCGACGACAAGCGGGACGACGCGCCCGACGCCGGCGCGGAGGGCGCGGCCCCCGAGGCGGGCUGGGCGCAGCUGGCGCCGCCGCGUCUGCCGCCGCCGCACCACGCGCCGCACUUCCGCGCCGAAUUAAGAAUGAGAGGACCGCCUAGGCCCCCGAUGUCAGGACCGUGGCUUGACGGGCCGGGACCUGGACCAGGGCCAUUUGGGCCGCGAUUCAACGGCAUGGGCCCGCCAUUCAACCGGCCGCCUUUCGACGGCCCGCGCCCGCCGUUUGAUGGUCCGCCCAUGUUCGAAGGUGGCCCGCGCUUCGAACGCCCUCCUUUCGCUCGGAUGCCAUUCGACGGAAUGAAUCGUCCACCUUUUGACGGACCUCGGCCGCCGUUCGAUGGACCGCGUCCGCCCUUCGACGGGCCACGCCCGCCCUUCGAAGGCCCGCGCCCGCCCUUCGAGGGUCCGCGACCGUUUGACGGUCCUCCUUUCGAUGGUGAGCGACCACCAUUCGACGGGCCACCGCGUUUUGAGGGCCCUCCGGAGUUCUAUGACCGACCGCGGAGAUUCGACGACCGCGACCAAUACGGAGAGCGCGGCUGGAGCGGCGACCGCGAGCGGGACUGGGGAGACCGACCGGACCGACCUGACCGGCCCGACAGGCCCGACCGCCGCCCCGACUGGGAGGACCGCCGCAGGGACCGCAGGCCCCGCGAACAUGACGACAAUAGGUUUAACAACAGGCCGCAGGACCGCCCCGACCGAAGGAGAACUUUUGACGAAAAUCAACAAAACAGACAAUCUAGACCGCCCAGAGAGGAUAGGAACGACAGAAACAAUCCAAGGCGGGACAGAGAUAGGAAGUCUAGGUGGGGUGCCGCCGAAGAGGCUGAGGCUAAUGGCAAUGAUGAUAGUGAGAAGCCACAAGAAGCCAGUGAAACGGCUCGAGAUGAAGCCAGCAAUGAUGCAACAAGCGCUGAAGCUAGCGAGCCUGUAGAAACUAGUCAAGAUGAACAAAGUGUACAAAUGGCUGACGCCGAGCAGAACGACAGUAUCGCGUCAGAGGGAACAGAGGUCGAGUCUGAAAGGCGAGAUGAACCUCGACUUGAAAGAACAGAAUCUCCUGAACCGCCCGCUAGGGAAGAUACCACAGAAGACCGGAACUACGAUGCAGAGAACAGUAAACAGGAGUUCUCGCCUUUACAAACAGAACCAGAGCCGGUCGCUGAAACUAGGAAUGAAUUACCUGAUACCAUGUACGAUACCAACGAUCCUAUCGAUACAAGCUUCGCAGCGGCCGCGUCUCCAGGUAAUAACGAUGAGGAAAUGCGAGCGGCAAGUCCUCUGUUUGAAAAACAAAUCGGUGAACCAGUUGCAGAGGUACAGAAAACCGUCGACAUGUUUAGCCCCGAGAGGGAGCACAGCGAGAGCGUCCCGGAUGUGGAAGCCGGCGACGCUCACAGUGACGCCGACAGCAAGGAGGGCGCCGCUUGACAGCGGCGGAGGUGGAAACUUGGAUAUUUCCAGUGGAAAUGAUUCGGGUGACUCGAGCUCGGGCCGGCCGCAGCCGCCGUAGCCACGCUCUGCGCCGCGCGGAGCGGGGCUACCGCUCAUGCGACCGCCCUGUCCGUUAUAACGCCAAAGAUAUUUUUUUAUACACGAAACAAAAGUUGAAAUAUACGAGUGCCUUAUUGGUUACCAAAAGUGGUGUUUUGUUUUGAUCGCCGGAACGCGAGGCGUGGAAGAGGAACGCGCCUGGGCGCUCAAGUCGAGUGACCCGGGCCAGGUACGGUUGCUAAUGAUACACAUUCGUACGCGCGUCUAGAACAAUUGCACGCUCAUGCACACACCAGCGACACUCUUGCAACAUGUUUCACAUUUGACCGCCACAAUCAACUCCAAUAAGGUCAAAUUUCGCUAUCUAAUAUGACAAUAACAAGUGCAAUGACAAGUUAUUUGACGUCGAUUGCAUUCAAUCAUCAAAUAAACUACUUUUAUCCUGUAAACUAUGUUGCGAUUCACAACUUGCUUGUAUAGUGAGAAAUAUGCACAAUUGUACUCGGCGGGCGUCUUUAUUUUAUUAUUGCAUAAUGUCGAAAUGGAAUCAAGCAAACAGUACAUUUACUCUUAGUAAUCUUAAUAAUAAUAAAGUAGCUUCAUUGAUAUUGAUCUAUAAUUGAAAUGAUUACCAUUUCGACAUAUUAUAUCGCUAGCAAUGUGUGCAAAAUACCACGACGGCGGCCGUGUCACCCGAAUCAGCCACAGAAUUACAAGGAAGAGUAGCGGCGGACUACGGAAACGGAAGAUCACGUCUCAUAUCUAUCGUAAACGCGGACUCAUUUGUUUAGUUAUUGUGUAACGUCGGCAUUACGACUGUUUUUAUUAAGUUCUUUAUUAUUUUCUACUUAACUAACUUCGUUAAAUUGAAUUGUAUGUGUAUACUUUUCAGUUUAGCAACAUUGGUUGCAAAGAUUUUCAAUUUAAAGAUUACCACCAAAAGUUUGUUAUACUAUUACUCAAGUUUUAAAAACUUAAUUGAUUUUAAUGACUCUUUGUCUUAGUAAAUUGGUGGCGGUAGGGAAUGGAUUUUAAAAUAACGACUAUUUAAAACUAUUUAUAGAUAUAAACAUGUUUUAUAAAAUUUAUAUAGGCACUAUAUCUGUAGUUAAAUUGUUUAUGGAUCUAGGUUGUAUCGUAGGCUGGCAAUAAGUAUAUUUUACUUUGAAGAACACAGCGCAAGAACUGCGCUAUGUAUAUCGCGCUUAUAGUAUCGAUGUUUAUAUGUAAAAUAUUUUUAUAAAAUUACAAUGUCUUAUAAUAUCAUUGAGAUUUACAUAAUCCAUUAAUUUUGAACUUUCAAUGUUAGGUAUAUUUUAGCUGUGUAGAUAAACAUUAUAAUUUCAAUGCAUGCUUCAAUGUUUGUCAUAUUUGCUUGAAUAAAAUUUUACAAAAGUCUUUGAA